AUCCUUUCAGAAAUGAUGAGGACAAUCUGCCACGGAGUCAGGAGAAGGAAGAGACCAAACGAAAGGACGGCAGUGUGGCUCCUGUCGUCCUCGUAUUCCACGAGGAAGGAUCGAGACCUCCCUCCCUGGCGCGUGCUCUUCUUCGGCACGGAUUACUUCUCCCUGGUCAGCCUUCAGAAGCUCCAUGCCAAUAGAGACGUGGUAUCACAUUUGGAAGUGGUGACCAAAGAAAACAAGAAGAAGCAUCUGCCCGUAAGGGACUUCGCAGCGUCGGAGGGCCUGACGGUGCACCCCUGGCCCCCAGACGUGGCCAAGGGACGCUUCGACGUCGGGGUCGUCGUCUCCUUCGGUCACCUCAUCCCCGAGUCACUCAUCGAUGUCUUUCCUUGGGGUAUACUGAACGUGCACGGGAGUCUCCUUCCCAAGUACCGAGGUGCCGCACCGAUACCGCACACCAUCUUGAACGGGGAUCCCAUCACGGGUGUGACCAUCAUGGCCAUCCGGCCCCACGAGUUCGACGUCGGGGACAUCUUAUUACAGGAGAAAUGCCGGGUCCCAGAAGACGCGACCACUCUGGGACUUGGUUCCGUGCUUGCUUCUCUCGGUGCCGAUCUCCUCCUCCGAUCUCUCGCCGAUCUCCCGUUUUACAUGCUUCAUCGAGUCCCUCAACCCACUUCGGGAGCCUCCAAAGUAAUUGAUGAAAAAAGGGUGCAAAGCACGUUCGUCUCUGGAUUUGCAGCCCCGAAACCGACGGCCUCGGACGCGGUCCUGGACUGGAGUGCACCCGUCGCGAGCAUCUACCGUCGGUUCCUCGCGUUCCACGAACUCUUCCCCCUCUCGACCACCUGGGACGAUCGUCCGGUGAAAGUGCUGGAAAUGAUCCCGUGGAGGUGCCCCUCUGGUGGAGAGCCUCCCGGUGGAGACCCCUCUGCUCCGCCCGGAACCAUUCGGUACCUCCGGAAGGAGAAGGUGCUGACGGUGAAGUGCGGGGACGGGUGGAUCCGCGCGAACCGCUUGGCCGUGCAGGGGCACAAGCCGGUCGGGGGACCCGAUUUCUACAACGGUUACCUGUCUCGUCGACCUCGACACCUGUGGACGUUUCGUAGCCAGUAUAAAAGUUGA